AUGGCCCGUCGUUCGCCGGGUGAGAUCCUCACCUCGUUCUCGGAGCUAGGCUCCUCUCCAGCGUCACACUCGGCGUCCCCUUCCCGCAGGGCAGCUCAAGCCAUCAGGAGCCGAUUCCUCAGCAGUCCGGCGACGGCUGCAGCGGCACGGGGCCUGCAUGAGAUAGGCGACCGUUGUCGAUGGUCGCUCUCAUCUGCCAAGCCUGGGUAUGGUGUAGUGCAAUUGAAGGACAAUUCCGAAGAGACGUUCUGGCAGAGUGAUGCGAUGUCAGCGAUUACCUAUUCCAUGGACGAGCAAAGAGCUCAGCAGCCGGGUGAGGUUCAUAUGUUCGUCUCUUACAAGGCCGAUGAGUCGUACACUCCCUCAACCAUUUCCGUUCGGAUAGGAAAUACCCUUUUUGAUCUCAACGUGGGGAAGAUAUCGUUGCCAGGCUACGAACAACAGGCUUUCGUGCGACUUCCAGAAGGGUGGAUAGUCAUACCGCUAGCUCUUACACGGACGAAUGACAAUCCUGAUUACCAUCUCCAACGAGGAGUUACUUUCCGGGAUGAUAUCGUCGCACAAUCGUUCGUGAGGACCUUCUACCUCCAGCUUGCUAUCCUCAACAACCAUCAGAACGGCCGAGAUACUCACAUACGACAAGUCCGUGUAUAUGGUCCCCGACCACCUGAGCCGUCAAUAGCUGUCACCAACGGCGGAGACGAGGAGAACUGGGGUCUAUCGGUUUUCAACACGACUAGUAUGCGCUCUGCGUUUAUUGUUUGGUUUAUUGUNNNNUCGAAUGAUACUCGAGGAAACUAG